AUGGCAGAAAUAAAACAAGCCUGUUAUGACGGUACGGGAGAUGUAGAUUUGUGGCUUAUGAAAAUGAAGUUCUAUUGUUCUACAAAGAAAUUUGAAGGUAAACAAGAAGCUCACGCCAUAGCGAGUAAACUCGAGGGGGCGGCGUUUCUAUGUAUUGCGAGAUUAGACGAUGAACUUCAAGAUGACCCAAAAGAAGUUAAAGCCGCUUUAAGGAAGGAAUUCGACAAAGAAUCGAUCGACCACGAGAAAGCUGUCGACGAAUUACGAGGUUUAAGGCGAAAAGGCGGUGAAACACCAGCACAGUUAGCGUGGAGAAUUGAAAAGUUGAUGGCGAAGGCUUACCCGGAGUUAUGUGCGUCAACACACGGAUCGGCAAAGAAAACAAAGGAACAAAUGUUACAAUCUAUUAACUUGAUAGAAGUAGAUCUCAAGGGUCCAUUACCGAGAACGAAAGAGGGAUUUGACAAUAUUGUUGUGAUAACAGAUCCAUGUACAAAAUAUGCAGAGAUGCAUCCAAUUCGAGGACAGUACAAACCAGCCAAGUUGUUUGUAAGACACUCAUGGGUUGGAUAUCAAGAUAUGGUUUACCAAACAAAGUACACUCUGACAAUGGACCUUGUUUCAUAAGCGAAACAUUUGAACAGUUUUGCAUAACCCAAGGCAUUGAGCAUACUUUCAGAGUUUCAGUCCACCCUAUAGGCCACAAGGAAACGCGGGUGUAGAACGGAUUAAACGUACGAUGGGGGAAGCACUCACAAAAUUGGUAGAUAAACAUCCCAACCGAUGGUCUCAACACCUACCUGACGUACAACUAGCAUACAACACAGCAGUUCAUACAAGUACAGGAGUUUCGCCGUACGAACUAGUUUUCAAGGAGCACCCGCGAUCAAAAUUCGAAAUUAUAACAGAGAAGAUAUCACCAGCAACGGUUAGAGAGAAAACGGAACGACUGCGCGAGACUGUUAGUGAGGUAUUCCAAAAAGCACAUGCAAGAGUCCGAUGCCAAGUUAGUGGAAAAACGCAGAGAACGGUACAACAGUAAAACUUCGUUUAAAUCGUUGAGGGUGGGUCAACAAGUUUGGAAAAGAAAUUUACGAGCAAAAACAUUUGCAGAUCGGUGGACGGGACCCUAUGUCGUGAUAAAGCCCACGUCGGUAACCAAAACAUCUUAUGUAGUGAGAAGGAAUAAUCGAACUAAAGAAGAAAUUGUCCAUUACAAUUACCUUAAACCUUAUCAGAUUCGACCUGUCACAAAAACCAAAGUCGAGGAAUCCACCAAAUUAGAAGAAUGGGGUCGGACACCCAGCACUGGGUACCAGUGA